CGUUGGAAUACGAUCGGGGCUGCCGAGUUGAUGGCGUAUUUCAAUAGCGCUGAUCUCACUCCAGCUGAGUUGGAAGAUUUGGCUUUUUUGCGUGCGAGACGUUCGAGUAUCAAUGAGGAUGUUGAGGAGAUUCGUUCCGAACUUGAUGAGAUCAAUUCACAAUUGUCAACAAUCGAUAUUCCCGACGAAGAAUGUAAUCCAAAUGGGCGACUCAUGACGAUUGCUCGGAAGAAUUUCAAUAUGGAUCCACGAAAGGGCAUGGAAUAUAUUUUGGACCAUGGCCUUGUGCAGAAUACUGCUGAAUCAGUUGCUGAAUUUCUUUUUCGUGGUGAAGGAUUACGAAAGAGUGCGGUUGGUGACUAUCUGGGUGAAAAUGAAUCGUUCAAUUUGGAUGUGUUAGAGAAAUUCUGUGAAUUGCAUGACUUUACUGAUCUCAUAUUGGUGCAAGCUCUGCGACAAUUUCUUUGGUCGUUCCGUUUGCCAGGGGAAUCACAAAAAAUCGAUCGAAUGGUGAAUGCUUUCGCCAAACGUUAUUGUGCAAAUAAUCCUGGGGUUUUCUCAAGUACAGAUACCUGUUAUAUUUUGUGCUUUGCGAUAGUUAUGCUUAAUACGUCGUUGCAUAAUCGAAAUGUCAAAAAUCCGCUAACUCUUGACGGCUUCAUAUCGAUGUAUCGCGGUAUUGAUGAAGGAAAGGAUGUGCCAAAGGAAUUGUUAGAGAGUAUUUAUGAGUCGAUACGAACCGAACCUUUCCAAUUCCCAACUGAUGAUGGUAGUGAUUUCUAUAAUACAUUCUUCAAUCCAGAUCGUGAAGGAUGGUUGCUCAAGCAAGCGUCCUCACAACUGGCCAGUUCGCGAACGUUUUUGAAAUCAUGGAAAAGAAGGUGGUUCAUUCUUGCCGAAAAGUGCCUAUAUUAUUUCGAGCACACAACUGCGAAAGAACCACGUGGUAUAAUUCCUCUCGAAAACGUUCGUGUGCGACCCAUUGAAGAGAAGGGCCGACCACACUGCUUCGAAAUAUACAGCGAUAGCACUGAGAACAACGAUGUCGCAUGCCGUCUUCGAACAUGA